AUGGUUGUGCUCAGUUUCUUCGCUUGUAUGGCUGUAGCUGCUGCUGGAGGAGCCCAGAGCUAUGUCCAUCGGCAUGAUAAUAUUCACGGCUACGGUGGAGGCUAUGGGGGAGGCUUUGGCGGUGGUGGAUUUGGAGGUGGAUUUGGGGGAGGCAUUGGAGGAGGCACCGGAGGUGGAAUUGGAGGUGGUUUUGGGGGUGCUGCUGGCGGAUUUGGCGCUGGAGGAGGAGCAGGUGGAUACGGAGGAGGCAUCGGUGGUGGCUACGGAUAUGGGGACCAUUACUGGCACUACCCUAACUACAAAUUCGACUACGGUGUCAAAGACUUCCACACCGGUGACCACAAGAAGCAAUGGGAGCAAAGGCAUGGAGACUCCGUGAAAGGCGGUUACUACCUCUAUGAACCCGAUGGCACGAAGCGAGUUGUAGAGUACGUGGCUGACAAACACCACGGUUUCAAUGCGAUCGUCAAGAAGAUCGGCUUCGGUGGAGCUGGAGCUGGUGCAGGAUUUGGUGGUGGAGCUGGUGGCUUUGGUGGAGGAUUUGGUGGAGGUUAUGGAUAUGGGCAUCAUCAUGGUGGCUACAGCUACAACAACAACAACCUCUUCCUGUAAAAUACCCUAGAAAAAAAUUAUCCUACGUAGAUCAUUCCCCAAUCCCCCCUCCAAUCCAUUUGUGAUAUCAUUUAACACACUCCUCUCCCGAUGACGACACAUGGCCAAUUCUAGUUUAAUUGCAAGUUAA